UGUAACAACAUGACCUUGGCAGAGAUUAAACUACAAUUAAUCAUGAGGAGAAACGUGUAUAUUUUAUUAAACAUCCACAAUCAUCUUAAUGUUCACAUUCAGUCCCAUUCAGAGACACUUUUAGUGAAUAUUGACUCAAACCUAUAAAGAAAACACAUGGAAACAAUAAAAUAAAUGCUGAGUUACAUAUUGGCUAAGUGUAGUUAUAAUAAACAGAACAAGGUUUGCAGGGAAAAGUACAUAAAUUACUUCUGGUUAAGUAUCUUGAUUCAGUUCAAGUUCAGGAAGGAAGGGGUUAACAUAGAUUUCUGUACAGGAUGUGACAAAAGAUAAGCAGCACUCAGGGCUCCACUCCCCCUUCACAGACUGAACCUGGUUUCGCAGAACUCAAGUGCAAUGCCCCCCAAAUCCUGCUUACCGUCCUGCUGUGCUGACCUUUGACCCCCACAGUGACUGAUAACAGCUCCACCUGUCAGCUCACCUUAUCUACAGGUUGGUAUUUCUGAGACGUCCCCCCUGCUGGGUGAGGAGUGGCUGGGUGAAAAGAAAGUUCUGGAGGAGUUUUCAGUGUCGUCCCGGACAGUGCUUCGGACGUCUGAUCCACAACACCAGCCAGGAUCUUCUGACAGCUGGACAGAAACAUGCUGAGCAGAGAUCUUCCAGACAUUGAGAGCAUUUUGGCUCUUAAUCCCAGGGUGAAGACUCACUCUCAGGUCGUGUCCACGGCAAGUAAGAAGAGAGAAAAGAAACACUGGAAGAGAAACACUGAAAGGAACUGUGAUUCCUGUAUAAAGUUAGAGAACAACUUUGACGACAUCAAGCACACGACGCUGAGUGAGCGAGGGGCUCUGAGAGAAGCACUGAGGUGUCUAAAAUGUGCUGACGCUCCCUGCCAGAAGAGCUGCCCGACUAACCUGGACAUCAAGUCCUUCAUUACAAGUAUUGCCAACAAGAACUACUAUGGAGCAGCACGGGCCAUUCUGUCCGACAACCCUCUGGGACUGACCUGUGGGAUGGUUUGUCCCACAUCAGAGCUGUGUGUCGGGGGCUGUAACCUAUAUGCCUCUGAAGAGGGGCCCAUUAACAUUGGAGGGCUGCAGCAGUUUGCUACUGAGGUGUUUARUAAGAUGGGCAUCCCUCAGAUCAGGAAUCCUGAACUUCCUCCAGCCAAUGAGAUGCCAGAGCCAUACCACGCCCCCAUCGCUCUGAUUGGCUGUGGCCCUGCAUCCAUCAGCUGUGCUUCUUUCCUGGCUCGCCUCGGAUACGACAACAUCACCAUAUUUGAGAAGCAGAAGUACACUGGAGGGCUGAGCGCAUCAGAAAUCCCUCAGUUUAGGCUUCCACAUGAGGUUGUCCAGUUUGAAAUCAGCCUGAUGAAGGACCUGGGAGUCAAGGUGGUUUGUGAGAAAGGUUUGGGCGUUGAUGGGAUGACUCUGUUGUCUCUGAAGAAGGAGGGAUUUCAAGCUGUCUUCAUUGGGAUUGGUCUCCCUCAGGCCAACAGAGCUCGGAUUUUUCACGAUUUAACUGUGGAUCAAGGCUUUUUCACUUCAAAAGACUUCCUGCCUCUGGUGGCUUCUGCCAGCAAGAAAGCUAUGUGUCAGUGUCGAUCGUCCCUGCCAGAGUUGAGGGGAGUAGUGAUAGUUCUGGGGGCCGGGGACACCGCCUUYGACUGCGCCACCUCUGCUCUCCGCUGCGGGGCCAAGAGGGUGUACGUCUGCUUCAGGAAAGGUUUCACCAACAUCAGGGCCGUUCCUGAGGAGAUGGAGCUGGCUAGAGAGGAGCAGUGUGAAUUCCUUCCCUUCUUGUCUCCUCGAGAGGUCAUCAUGAAGAACGGGAGGAUUGCCGGGCUGCAAUUCUGCCGGACGGAGCAGACCGAGGAAGGCGAUUGGCUGGAAGAUGAGGAUCAGAUWGUUAGACUGAAGGCUGAUUUCAUCAUUAGUGCUUUUGGGUCCAUGUUGARUGACCCACAAGUGAUUGAAGCUAUGGCUCCGGUCAAGCUGACCCGCUGGGGCACUCCUGAGGUGAACACAGAAACCAUGCAGACCAGCGAGUCCUGGGUGUUUGCAGGGGGAGACGUUGCUGGUUUGGCAAACACUACAGUGGAGUCAGUAAAUGAUGGCAAACAGGCCUCAUGGCACAUUCACAGAUACCUGCAGUCUUUACAUGGGCACACAGUGGACUCAACCCCGAAGCUGCCUUUGUUCUACAGCGCCAUAGAUCAGGUGGACAUCAGYGUUGAGGUCUGCGGCAUUAAGUUCCCCAACCCGUUCGGUCUGGCCUCRGCUCCUCCCACCACCAGCACAGCCAUGAUCAGAAGAGCUUUUGAGCAGGGCUGGGGCUUCGCUCUGACCAAAACAUUUGGACUGAAUAAGGACCUGGUGACCAAUGUGUCUCCUCGGAUUGUGCGAGGUACCACCUCAGGUCCUGUGUUCGGACCUGGUCAGGGCUCCUUCCUCAACAUUGAGCUCAUCAGUGAGAAGACAGCGGCCUAYUGGUGUCAGUCGGUCACCGAGCUGAAGAAGGACUUUCCCAACAAUGUGGUGAUCUCCAGUAUAAUGUGUGGUUACAACAAAGAUGACUGGACAGAGCUGGCCAAGAUGGCUGAGGAGUCGGGAGCAGAUGCGUUGGAGCUGAACUUGUCCUGYCCUCACGGGAUGGGAGAAAGAGGGAUGGGGCUGGCCUGUGGACAGGACCCAGUGUUGGUGCGUAACAUAUGUCGGUGGGUGCGUGCCGCCGUUUCCAUCCCAUUCUUCGCCAAACUGACUCCAAACGUCACCAACAUUGUCGACAUUGCCAAAGCUGCCCAUGAAGGAGGAGCAGAUGGAGUCACGGCYACCAACACAGUGUCAGGUCUGAUGGGUCUGAAGGCCGACGGCUCCCCCUGGCCGAGCGUUGGUGGGAACAAACGCACCACAUAUGGAGGGGUGUCUGGGAACGCCAUCAGACCCAUCGCUCUCAAAGCGGUCUCAGCCAUCGCCAAAGCCAUCCCUGGUUUUCCCAUCCUGGCUACCGGCGGCAUCGACUCAGCAGAGAGUGGACUGCAGUUUCUACAUGCUGGGGCCUCUGUGUUACAGGUGUGUAGUGCAGUUCAGAACCAGGACUUCACACUGAUUGAGGAUUACUGUAUUGGUCUGAAGGCCUUAUUAUAUCUGAAGAGCCUGGAGCUGGAAGACUGGGAUGGUCAGUCCCCUCCGACUGAAAAACAUCAAAGAGGAAAACUAGUCCCCAAACUGGGAGAUCUGGUUGGGGAGAGCCUCCCUAGUUUUGGUCCGUACCUUCGAGAGAAGACUAACGCCAUUGCAAAGUACAAGAAACAACUCAGAGAUGCAGGUGAAACCAAUGYGUCAGAAACAAACAUUGACCGGGUCAACAAGCCUAAAAAACCUGUGCCUGCUGUCAAGGACGUGAUAGCCAGAGCUCUGCGCUACAUUGGAGCGUACCAGGAGCUGGACAACAUGGAACAGGUCCAGGCUCUAAUUGAUGAAGACAUGUGUAUCAAUUGCGGUAAAUGUUACAUGACCUGCAAUGACUCUGGAUACCAGGCCAUAAGGUUUGACCCAGAGACCCACCUUCCCUUUGUGACUGACAGCUGUACGGGCUGCACUCUGUGCCUCAGUGUCUGUCCAAUUAUAGACUGCAUCAAGAUGGUUAAUAGGACAACACCUCAUGUACCCAAGAGGGGGAUACCUGUUAGUCCUGUCUGCUAAAGGAACAGAAAAAAUAUAUAUAGUUUUCUGCAUAAUAAAGAAAUGACAUCAAAUAUAGCAAAAAUGAUGUUGAUAAAAUUAAGCCCCAAUAAUGUAAAGUGUUCAAAAGUGAUUAAUUUGAUGCUUCCUGAUAUUUCUCUUUAACUGAUUAGCCCAGGUGCUUUGGAGUAAAUAUUUUACAAUAAAUAAUAUACUUAUUUGCUUUAAUGGCAGCAGAAACACUAAGAUUAAGAUUUAUAUUAUCAGUGAUUUGUUGUUCACUUCAUGAUAAAGUGACUUUGUAUUUAUCCUCUCAUCAUCCUGACAGUAUAAAGGUAUUUGCUGAUUGACAAAUUUACAUCUUAAUGUUUAAGGAAAUUGUUCUUUGAUCUGCUUCAUAAUUUGAAUAAAGCCUUUUUCUGAUGCACAGA